AUGGUUAAAUUGGCUGCAAAAUUGAAGCGACUUAAGGUGGAGCUGCGGAUAUGGAAUAAAUCGGUGUUUGGGAGAGUGGAUACUAAUAUUCAGGAGCUAGAUGCGAAAAUGGAAAGGGAGGAGAGUCGUCUAGCCCAAUUAGCAAAGAACAAGUGGUUAAAAGAAGGUGAUCAGAAUUCCAAGUUUUUUCAUGCGGUUGUUUCACAGCGUAGGCAUGGUUCAGUAAUUUCGCAGAUGAGGUUGGCAGAUGGGACUAUGUUGGACUCGGCAGAGAAGGUGCACUUGGGGGCGGUGGAAUAUUUUACUAAUUUCCUAACAGACAUGCCGCAGGUUGUUCAUGCAGAUCUUUCUCCUCUUGUGGGAUUGGAAAUCUCAGAGGAAGAUAAUUCCAGUUUGUGCCAUAGGCCUUUGGAAGAGGAAGUGAAGGAGGCCGUUUUCUCGAUUCCAGAAUAUAGUAGCCCUGGUCCGGAUGGGUAUGGGUCUUCUUUUUAUAUUUCUUGUUGGCAUCUUGUGAAAGAAGAGGUGGUCGAGGCCGCAAGGGAUUUUUUUGCGGGCUCUCCGUUACCAAGGUUCUAUACUUCGUCCUAUAUUGUUUUAAUUCCGAAAGUGUUGGAUCCCAAGAGUUUUGAGAAAUUCAGGCCAAUAAGUCUAUGUUCUGUGGCUUAUAAGAUUUUUUCGAAAAUCUUGGUGAAGCGGUUGACGGGUUUUCUGCCUAGAUUAAUUUCGGCUGAAUAG